AUGAACAAUGCCGUUGUAGAAAAGAAUGACGAACUUCCUAAAAAAUCUUUUUUCUCGGUUCCUUAUGUAAAGUCUUUUUCCGAGAGAUUCUCAAACAUAGUAAGCAAAUUCGAAUUUAGAAUAGCUUACUCCUGCCACCAUCCUCUCGGAAGAUUCAUUAAGACUGGCAAAGACAAACUAGACAAGUUAGCGCAUAGUGAUGUGGUGUAUAAGAUCCCUUGCAAGGAUUGUGAUGCCACAUAUGUUGGUCAGACAAAAAAACAAUUAGGUACCAGAGUAAAGGAACACUACAACGACAUUAAAAGGAAUCUCGCAUCCCCCUCUGUCAUAUCUUGCCAUAGAAUGGACGCUUCACAUGAAUUUGACUGGGAAAACGUUGCUAUUCUUGACGAAGAACCUUCAUACCAAAAAAGAUUGAUCUCAGAGAUGAUUCAUAUAAAAACACAGGCCAAUUCUCUGAACAAACAAUCUGAUACAGAAUUAUUAUCCGAGGAAUACCUACCUAUUAUAAACCUACUCCCUCCUCCUAAAUAA